AGUCUCGAUGUGAUCGUCGUCAAUAAUACAUCAAAUAAUAAUUUAUUUAUCAAUAUAUUUUAUUUAAUAAAUAAACAAAAUUAAAUAAAUAAUUUAGUCAAAAAUUACCUAUUAUUUCUAACGUUUUUGUAUGAUUUUAUUUUUUAAAAUUUUCAAAUGAUUAACCGGCUUGAUCGAAAACAAUCGAUUUUCAUACACGAGGUUUUGUGAUAAAAACAAAAAUAAAAUUUAUAUAUAUUUAUCGGAUUAUAUAGAGAUUAAUGACAAGGAUAAAAGUUACGGUGCUGAAAAGUUGUUUAAAAAUUUUUUCUCAUUUCAUGAUGAUGCUAAUAGUUGAAUAAAUAAUACGAAAAAAAUAAAAGAUAAAAAAAAAUGAGGUGUUAAUUAAUUCGAGAGAGGUGUGAAGAGUAAAAAACAAAAAAAAGAAAUAAAGAAUGAUAUAAAAAUAAAAAUAAAUAGAUGAAGUAAAACUACAGUAAAAAAAAAAAGGAUAAAAUGUUUCAUUAGUUUGAAUGUAUAUAGAAACAAGUGAGAAUAAACAUCAUAUUCAACAACUAACAAGUAUCAUAAAACUUAUUUCAUUAAGUAUAUUAAAUACAUAUAUAAAAUGAGAAAAGACAUGAUUAAUAUGAGUGAUACAUUUGAUGUUAAUCAUGUACAAGAUAUUUUAGAUCAUAUUAAUCAACUUGAUGAUACAAAUUUAAGUAAAGAUUUACAGUGUCUUAAAUCAAAGCAUGAUAAAAUUUAUAAUAAUGCUUGUGAUAUAGAUUGGGAUUCAUUAUCAUGUUGGCCACAAACUUUAGCUGGUACACUUGCUAAAAUACCAUGUUUUGAUCAACUAUAUGGAAUCAAAUAUGACAGUUCACAAAAUGCAAGUCGAUGGUGUUUGACAAAUGGAACUUGGGAUAGUUAUUCAAACUAUUCUCAAUGUCAUGAACUUCAAAUACCUGUCAAUGAAUCAAGUGUUGAAAUUACAACAAUGCUGUAUUUUAUUGGUUACAGUUUGUCAUUGUCAACACUUGUUGUUGCUGUGUCAAUUUUUUUAUACUUCAAAGAGCUGAGAUGUUUGAGAAAUAAUAUUCAUACAAAUCUCAUGCUUACGUAUAUACUGGCUGACCUCAUGUGGAUCCUUACUACUGUUAUGCAGGUUUCAAUGCAAUCUGAUACUCCAACUUGUAUUAUUUUUUAUUCUUUACUUCAUUAUUUUCAUUUAACAAAUUUUUUCUGGAUGUUUGUCGAAGGAUUGUAUUUGUAUUUGCUGGUUGUUAAAACAUUUACCGGUGACAAUAUUAAAUUGCGUUUGUGUCUGGCAAUUGGAUGGGGUGCACCAGUACUUGUUAUUAUUGUCUGGGGAAUUGCUAAAUCCAGUGCAGUUGAUAUAUCAAAUGACCAUGAAAACCAGAAUGGAGCAUUGUAUAGACAUUGUCCUUGGAUGGUUUAUCAUGCAUAUGAUUGGUUUUAUCAAGGACCAGCAAUAAUUGUACUGGGUAUUAAUGUCCUAUUUUUAUUUAUGAUAAUGUGGGUAUUAAUAACAAAAUUACGUUCAGCAAAUAAUGUUGAGACUCAACAAUACAGAAAAGCAAGUAAAGCAUUACUUGUAUUAAUUCCACUUCUUGGUGUAACAUAUAUAUUAGUCAUUGCUGGACCAUCAAAAGGUAAACUUGCUAAUUUAUUUUCAUAUGCAAGAGCUGUACUUUUAUCAUCACAAGGUCUUUCAGUUGCACUAUUUUAUUGUUUUUUAAAUUCUGAAGUACAAAAUACAAUGAGACAUCAUUUUUCACGUUGGAGUACAGCAAGAAAUCUUGGAAUGGAUAGAAAAUAUUAUAAUAAUUGGUCACCACGUUCACGUACUGAAAGCAUAAGACUCUACUGUCAACCAUCAAAUCCAUAUAGAAAACGUGAAUCAACAGUAAGUGAAACAACAACAACAACAGUUAUUGGUAUUAAUUCAACAACAGCAUUUAUCGAUAGAUCAAAAACAGUUAUUUCCGAAGACCUCAAUGAAUAAAUUUAUCCUAUAUUCAACCUACUUUAUCAUGUAAAAAAAAAUUAAUUUAAUCAAAAAUUAUCUGUAAACACAGUUCAAUUUCAUUGUCAACAUACAUUUUUUUUUCUACUACUUCAACAAAAUUUUCCAUUGACUGUUUGAAUUAUAAUUAAAAGAUAAAAGGAAAAAAAAAAUUCUAUUAUUUGUGAAUUUAAAAAAAGCACAUAACCACCAUCACAAUGGAAUUAUUAUUAUUAUUUUUUUUUAUCAUAUAAAAGAGAAAAAAAGAAAUGAUAAUUGAAAUGAAAAAAAAAAAUACUUUGAAAUAUUAAAACGUGUAAAAUCGAUAAAAAAAAAAAACUUGUUAAAUGUCUUCCGUCAUUACAUGCUUUAAAUAUCAAGGCAGUAUUUUAUCUGUGAAAAAAAAAUAAAAUUAAUCAACUAAUUUAAUUUCUAAGUGUUGAAAUAAAUAUAUAUAUUUAUGAAAAAAUUAUAAGCUUCGACUGACCAAUGUUUUAAUGCAUUUUAAAUGUUGUAUGUUGUUUAAAAUAAUACAUUAUCUUUGACUGUACCUGAACAUGAACGUUCAAAUAAUAAUAAUGAAUUUUAACAUUUAAAAAAAAAAGAAAAAUAUCUAUAAAAUAAAAUUGUACCUAUGUAUAUUUUUUUUUUCUAUACUUAAUUUCAUUAAAUAAAUAAUCAAUAAAUCGAUAAA